UGCGCCCCCGUCGACCCCGCCCGCGUGUGCGCCCCAGCCGGGACGCCGCCCCCGGCCGGGUCUCCACUUCUCUGGGGCGCCUCCUAUGACAGCGCCCGCUCGAAGAUGGCUGCGAAGGGCGCGUACAGCUCCCACCUGAAGGUGGAGGGCGAGCUCGAGCGCUGCCGCGCCGAGGGCCACUGGGACCGCAUGCUCGAACUGGUCCGGCAGCUGCAGGCGCAGGGCGUGCCCGGCGGCGGAGGCCGGCGAUCCAGCCCCAGCUCCAGGCUCGUCUCUCUAGACACCGAGGACUUUGGGAAACUGCUGCUCGCCGAGGCCCUCCUGGAGCAGUGUUUGAAGGAAAACCACGCCAAAAUAAAAGACUGCAUGCCUUUGUUGGAGAAGAAUGAGCAGAGAAUGAAUGAAGCCAAAAAUUACCUGAGCAGUAUCCUGACCCACGGGAGGCUGCCGCCGCAGUACAUGUGCGAGGCCAUGCUAAUCCUGGGCAAGCUGCAUUACGUGGAGGGCUCGUACCGAGACGCCAUCAGCAUGUACGCCCGCGCCGGCAUCGACGGCAUGUCCAUGGAGCACAAGCCCCUGUAUCAGAUGCGGCUGCUGUCGGAGGCUUUCGUCAUCAAAGGUAGUCCGUGUUGCUCCCUGUCUCCUGCUCUCUACUCUUUCCAGCAUGCCUCCAGCUUCUUGGGGGAACACAGUCCUGGUGGUCAGAGGUCCUGCCGGGGAGGCCUCUCCUUAGAACGCCUUCCCAACUCCAUCGCCUCGCGCUACCGCCUGACCGAGAGGGAGGAGGAAGUGAUCGCCUGUUUCGAGAGGGCCUCCUGGAUCGCUCAGGUGUUCCUGCAGGAAUUGGAAAAGACCACAAGUACCAGCACGUCCCGGCAUCUGAAAGGCUCUCACCUGGCUGACUACGAGCUCACCUACUUCCUGGAGGCUGCCCUGCAGAGCGCCUACGUGAAGAACCUGAAGAAGGGGAACAUCGUGAAGGGCAUGAGAGAGCUCCGGGAGGUUCUACGCACCGUGGAGACCAAAGCCACGCAGAACUUCAAAGUGGUGGCGGCCAAGCACCUGGCGGGGGUCCUGCUGCACUCCCUGAGUGAGGAGUGCUACUGGAGCCCCCUGUCCCACCCUCUGCCGGAGUUCAUGAACAAGGAGGAGAACGUCUUCGUCACACAGGCCUUGCGGAGACCGCAGCUCUACGAAGGAGACAACCUCUACUGCCCCAAGGAUAACAUUGAGGAAGCGCUCCUGCUGCUGCUCAUCAGCGAGUCCAUGGCAACUCGGGACGUGGUGCUGAGCCGGGCUCCUGAGCAGCAGGAGGACCGCACGGCCAGCUUGCACAACGCCGCGGCCAUCUAUGACCUCCUGAGCAUCACGCUGGGCCGGAGGGGCCAGUACGCCAUGCUGUCCGAGUGCCUGGAGCGAGCCAUGAAGUUUGCAUUUGGAGAAUUCCACCUUUGGUACCAAGUGGCCCUCUCCAUGGUGGCUUGUGGGAAGUCGGCCCACGCCGUGUCGCUGCUGCGGGAGUGCGUGAAGCUGCAACCCUCCGACCCCACCGUGCCCCUGAUGGCUGCCAAGGUCUGCAUCGGGCCCCUGCACUGGCUGGAGGAGGCAGAACGCUUUGCCAUGAUGGUGAUCAGCCGUGGGGAGGAAGCCGGGGAGUUCCUCCCCAAGGGCUAUUUGGCGCUGGGGCUCACCUACAGCCUGCAAGCCAGCGAUGCCACCCUGAAGUCCAAGCAAGACGAAUUGCACCGGAAGGCGCUGCAAACGCUGGAGAGAGCCCAGCAGCUGGCACCCGGUGACCCCCAGGUCAUCCUCUACGUCUCCCUGCAGCUGGCCCUCGUCCGACAGAUCUCCAGGGCCAUGGAGCAGCUGCAGGAGGCCCUGACGGUGUGUCGGGACGACGCCAAUGCCCUCCACCUGCUGGCACUGCUCUUCUCUGCCCAGAAGCACCACCAGCACGCCCUGGACGUCAUCAACAUGGCCAUCACCGAGCACCCCGAGAACUUCAACCUGAUGUUCACCAAGGUGAAGCUGGAGCAGACGCUGAAAGGCCCAGAGGAAGCCCUGGUGACCUGCAGACAAAUGCUGCGGCUGUGGCAGACCCUGUACAGCUUCUCCCAGCUGGGAGGUCUGGAAAAGGACGGCAGCUUCACCGAGGGCCUCACCAUGAAGAAGCAGAGUGGCGUGCACCUGACUCUCCCUGACGCCCAUGACGCAGACUCCAACUCUCAGCGGGCCUCGUCCAUCGCAGCCUCGCGGCUGGAGGAGGCCAUGUCCGAGCUGACCGUGCCCGCCUCGGUCCUGAAGCAGGGCCCCUCGCAGCUGUGGACCACGCUGGAGCAGAUCUGGCUGCAAGCUGCUGAGCUGUUCAUGGAGCAAAAACACCUCAAGGAAGCCGGUUUCUGCAUCCAGGAGGCGGCGGGCCUCUUCCCCACCUCUCACUCGGUGCUCUACAUGCGGGGCCGGCUGGCCGAGGCGAAGGGCAGCUUGGAGGAGGCCAAGCAGCUGUACCAGGAGGCGCUCACGGUGAACCCCGACGGAGUGCACAUCAUGCACAGCCUGGGUCUCAUGCUAAGUCGGCUGGGCCACAAGAGCCUGGCCCAGAAGGUGCUGUGGGACGCUGUGGAGCGGCAGAGCACCUGCCACGAGGCCUGGCAGGGCCUGGGGGAGGUGCUGCAAGCCCAGGGCCAGAACGAGGCCGCCAUCGACUGCUUCCUCACCGCCCUGGAGCUGGAGGCCAGCAGCCCUGUGAUGCCUUUCUCCAUUAUCCCCAGGGAGCUCUGAGCUCUGAGCAGCGGCAGCAGGGAGGGCGUGGCCCCGCGAGGGGCAGGCUGGGGCCUCGGCGAAAUACAUCAGUAGUGAGCACGUGUGCGGGCUGCAGCCCAGUUCCCCGCGCCUUCCCUCUGCCACCCUGCCUUUCCCCAGGACUGGCUGGGCCUGGGUGCUGCUCAUCUGGAGCCAGGUGGACAAGAUUUGCAUCUGAAGCAAAUCCUCGCUCCCUGGGCCGCUGACACGGUGGCAUUUCUGCACGGGGAAGUGGCUAGGAGAGCACAGCUCCCAGCAGGUGCCAGCCAAGCGUGCACUCACGCCCAUGUGUCGUGGGCACGCGCCCCCACCUGUCUCGACGUCCCUGACACCUAGACCGGCCAGCUCUGCACAAGCCUGGCUCCCGAGCCCUGGCUCUGAGCCCUGCAGCGCCACAGAUGAGCCCACAGCCACCUCCAGCUGGGCCAAGGGGCUUUUCCUGGCCUCCUGCCUGGGUGCCUGGGAGACAAUCUGGCUUGAACCCUCGGUGACUUGGCCAAGUUGUGGUGACCAGACCCGCUCCACGAGAGCUGUGCCCUGCCCACAGCCCAGUGGCGUCUGUAGGCGCUCAGCCAGCGGCCCCUAUGAUGAGCCUCAGGGUAGCAUGCAGCCUUCUGAUGCUCAAGGAGCAGCCCUACUAAUGCUGCAGUCCACACACCAUCCCCACAGGUCCCUGGAGGCCUAGGAACGCGCAAGAGGCGGCCUCAGGGACUGUCCCCCGCAGCCCGUGGUUGUGCUUUCUGGGGUCCUGAGGCCAUGUGAGUGCUGCAGCCUGGGGCCGUGUCUGUGACAGACCCCGUGCGCAGGGCUCCGGCCCGCUGUGGACUUGUCUCACAAGUCAGUGCCCUGCAGGCCCGCCGGGGAAGUCCCUUCUGGCCCACACUUUGGGUUUUGGGGUACAAAGCUCCAUCUGGUACUGCUCCCAUUUUCAGCUGUAUGGGAAGGUUGGCUGGGGGAGGCGUGCUUUGUCAUCACCCCAUCUGCCACGGAGGGAGAGGGCCCCUGGAGGCCGCCGCGCACUGCGCUGGCUCCGCACCGUGUGCCCCAAGGUGGUGAUGCUGGGAGCCUGGCCCUCCCGGGCUUCCGUCAGGAGCAUCCCAGAGGACACUGACUCCUUUGCCUCUGGCUGAAGGAGCUCUGUAUGUGUACGUGUGUAUAUAAAUAUAAAUAUAUAUGUAUAUGAAUAUGAUAGAGGUCUAUUUUUUCUUUAAUUAGGAAAAAGCCAAAUACUAUUGAUUCAGCUUAAGGUGCCUCAAGGUGUUGACAGCCAACUCUUGGUGACAGGAAAGGCGUCAGCUGUGUAUCAAAACCUGUCCUUGUUGGGAGCCACCGCGGCUGGGGUGCGUGGCCGGCAGUGGCUUUGCGGAUUGAAUAGAGACCCUUGAGCGGAAGCCGAGCUGUCCGCAGCCCCGUGCUCAUUCAUCCAGCCCUGGAGCCGGGCCCCCCAGAGCGGUGUCACAGGACGAGGGAGGCCGGAGAAGCCAGCGGGGCCAAGGCCUGGGCCAGACAGCUCAGCAGGGGUGCGGGGGACGAAGGGGCGGAAGGGGAGGCCCUCGGAGAAGGUUUGGAUUUCCGGAGGUCAAGGCUUGCCCGGUGGGAGGGCAUGAGAGGUGAGGGGUUCGGGAGGGUGCAGAGCUUGGAGCCGAAGCUGGAGGCCUGGGUGGGAGGAGGAGAGCGAGUCUGGCCUCCCACCCCUGGAGCACAGCUGGGAGAAGCUAGGGCAGGGACCCCUGAGCCAGAAACACUGACCUUGGCCAUUGCCGACUGAGCAAACGGCGCGUGCAGGGGGGAGCCUCAGGCCACACUCGGGUGGGCUGCCGCUGCGGGGAAGCCACACCGCACGCUGCGAGGACAAGAGACCUGCCACCUGCCCGUGGGCUCUGAACAGGGCUUCGGUUUUGAAAAUACUGUACAUGGAUUUCACAAAUCUUUUUGCAGCAAAAUAAACUUACCUUGUAAUUCCA